CCCCUUAUACAACGGAUUCUCGUGCAAAAAACGGUUCCUGAAUGAAACUUCACUUCGCAGUCAUAAGAAGUUCGCCUUCACUAGUAAGAUUACUAGAGGAAAGAAUUCGCCUGUGCCAGAACUGUUCCACGAGUUGGAAGGGAAAAACGCCAACCUUCGUACAACUGUCAAAGAAACCACCGAUGUCCGUUGCAGGAUGCAAGCCUGGCGCAGAGUCUCUUCCCCAAGCACUGGUUGCCGUUUUUAUGAACCCUGCUUCCUUAAGGCGCCGCGCAGCGUUUGUGGGUUGUCUGUCUCGCCUGACGCUGGAGAACUUUCAUUUCGUCCCGGAUCCGUGUUAACCGCCUGGACGUCUCUCGGUGCUCUACCCGGCAGAUCCGGUGACGUCUGCUUUUGAUAGAGAAGAAACCUGAAGGGGACGUUUGAAUCAACCCUCGCCUUCAGGGUUAACUCUCCGUUUUCUCUUGCUCCUUCCGUAAGAUAGAAGCUCUCGAGCGGACAUGCGGCAGCGCGGAGUUGUUUUGCAGGGGUGGGGGAAUGAGACUUGACUCCGGACUGGGACAAACCUGCACGACUCCUGGUUGGCGAAACGCACUUUGGACUGUUUUCUCACCGCCAUGGCGGCACUAACUGGGUCGCCUGUCCUUGAGGACAGGGACGGCCUGGAGUUGUCAGAACAGGCAGAUGGCAGCGCCCAAGCUCGCGCUCGAGGAUCUGCGUUCGCGCCUCUAGUACUCGCUUUAGAAAGCCAUCCGUCGUCCUUCGCAGUCAAACACCCUUUUGAAACGCAACCUUUUACCACCUCCCACUUCCGCUCUCCGCCUUCUAGCCACGUGGAUAUUCCAGCCGGCGAUGUCCCCCGCGUAUACGGUCGAUUAUUCGGUCGUUCGACAAGCAACGCCAACAUGCUCCUCACGGGCGUGGAGAGCCCGCGAACACCCAGCCAUGCGCACCCACACUUCUCUUCUGUCAAAAACAAUGCGACAGCGCCCGAGUUAAAUCGACUCCAGGAAGAGGAGGAAAAGGCGUCCGGCUCUCAAAGUGCGAUUGACUCGGUGCAAAGCCCUGGCACAGCGAGUCCACCCGAAGAGGUGACCGGGGAAGAAGUGGCGGAACCUGAACGAGCCAGCAGAGCUUUGGAGCUAGAAGCGUCCCCAGGCAGCCGCCGAAGUGAACAGAAGCGCUCCCGUCGACAAAGCAGAAUCCGGACUCCGACCCGACACGUUUUGCCCGUUUUGGUGAUGCUUUUCACGUCGCUUGCCGUUGUUUUCCGAAGCCUUCGGAGGUGUGUGUCGCCGCAUAACUUCCCUGAAGCGGUUGCGGGCACAAGAAACUUUCUCGCAGACUCUGACCUCCCGUUCCUCGGCUCCCUAACUUCAGGGACGCCGUCGUUUGACCACGGAAACCGCGCGCGACGCCUCGCCGCUUCUCGAGACACCGGUUCUCCAGACGGCUCUGGACAAACGUCAGACACUCAUGGAGAGGGCGGAGACACCGGCACUGUCGAUCUGGCCUGCAUCGUGGACAGCCUACUGACCACGACAGAGGAGGGCGGGGCGGCAUCGGGAGAGAACAAUAGCCAGCAGCCGAAGCAAGUGACUCCUCAGCAACUAAACCGUGCUAUCCAGAAAGCCGAGGACACCUUGCGCGUCUUGGAUUUGGCAUGCGAAAUGAUCAAGGACUUCGAAGACGACCUGCCAGAGGGGUUUCCGCGCCGAAAUGCUGAAACGUGGGUACGCCACGCUGGCGACUUUAUCGUGCAACAAUUGAUGGCUCUGCUGGCAGCUCGUGCAGACAUGGAUAAGAAAGUAGUUCUCAGCUGGGCUGGCGCGACGUGGGAUCACUCCCAGGGCCGUGGUGAGCCGGUGACACCGGCCUUGAGGAUGCCUCCCUCUUACCCCUGGCAAGGAGGGGCGACACAAGGUCCGGAUGCUACCGGAGACUCGAGCGCCUCCUCUGCUUCCCUUCGAGCUGGAGCAGCAGCCGCGCCAGAACCGAUGGCGGGAGGCUCGUCUCAAAGGCACAAAACGACUCCACCCGGUCUGAGCAAGCUUCCUUAUGGUACCCAGCAACCUCUGCACUCACAGGUGUCCGCUGCAUCGCUUGAGUCAACUCCUCGCUCUCUUCCCACCAGGAUAAGCUCUCAGCAAACGUCCUUCUCUCCUUCGUGGGGAACACCAGGCGUGCCGCCGCCCCGUCCGCCACUCCACUCACAAGAAGUUUCUUUGCCUCCGGAAUUUCAGCUGCCGCUAGGUGCCUCGAAUUUCCUCAAAGCUUUUUCCCAACACAGCGGCGAUACUCCCCAACGUUUGUCCCUGCAGGGGGAGAGCGACUCUCAACAACCUGUCACCCAACCCGCGGCCGCCGGCGUCUCGACGCAUCCUCAAUUAUGGCUUGGCGAGCCGAAGGCACCUGAAGAAGCAUCUUCGUGGUUCAACACUCUUUUCAAGAGCCCAGCCGACUGGCUUUCCCCAGAUCGUUCACGGAGUCCAGCGUUUGCAGACGACGGGGCAGGGGGUGCCGACAGUCGCAGCAGGCGUCACGGCGCGGCUUUGAUUUCCACUGGUCGCGGCGAAGAGUGGAAAUCUCCCCAAGGGCAGGCUGCGACGACAGGUCUGGAGGAAGCGCCUCCCAAGAGUGCCUCACCACCCUCGGCACCCGUUCCGCCCUCCUACGCGGACGCCGCCAAAGCAGUGCGGACUGGGGCAGGGACAGGCUCUGGCCCUCCGAUGAAACCCAAACGAAAGGGGGAGCAGAGACUGCCUUACUCCGCAGCCGCAGGACGCCAGGGAGAACAAGUUGUAGUUGGUGGGGCUGAAGGCCGUCGUGCGACAAGAGACAGACAUCCAGAGCAAGAUCCUACAGCUCAGCACGCGCAACGGGUUGCUGCUCGUCAGGGACUGCCCCAUGAAGGUGCAAGAAAGGACGAGAAAACGGCAUCGGAGCAGAAGCGCGAAAGCAAGAAAGGCCGGAGUUUCGUGGAGAGCACACCACAUCCGGGCGACAGUGCACGGCCUCCCGUGGUGAAAGGGGAUUUGGGGUCGUUAGUGGUUAGAUCAGGCGGUCAAAAAGUUGGCCAGAGUGGGGAAUGGAAGACGGCGGGACUGUCGAAAAAGGAUAAGGCACCGAAGAAAAAGAAACAGGCAAAGGAAGGCGACAAACCCAGUGACAGCAAAGGCGCAGACAGCACCAGCACCAAAGUGGACGUCGGGUCAGCCGGCGUUGAAGCAGCCGAAUCAGAGACACCCGUUGCGGGUCCGGCGGGCCGAGCUGAUAGACAUGGCACUGACGAGCGCGAGACUAAAGAGGCAUCGAAGAAGCAAAGGAAACGCAAAGAAGCAGCCUCUCCACCCUCGGAGCCCGCGCACUCUGGCGACGGAGGGGCACUUGCAGCGGGCCAGGGGGACGGAGACCCGCCGGAGAAGCGCGGGGGAGAUGGAGGAGACGAUCCAAGCGAUGGUGGUGAAGAGCAGAAGGAAGAAGAGGAAGAAGAGAAAGAAGAGGAAGAGGAAGAAGAGAAAGCAGAGGAAGAGGAAGAAGGAGAGGAAGAACGCGGGAGGGGAAAGAAGGACGACGACAGCGACAGCGGAAGUGCUGCCACCUCAGCGCCUGGUGCCGAUGGUCUUGCAGAAGCAAAGGGGGCAGGGGGUACCGAUGAGAAAGAGCAGCUAGAUCGAUCUAGGGAGGAAGACAAAGAGCACGGUCCCUGCUCCGCAGAGGAAGGCGCGUCUGCAGCGAGUCCUUCGCGGGAUCUUGGAGCGAGACCGAAGGAACGCGCGAAGCCCAGCAGUAAACCUGGAAAGAAGCAAAAACAAAAAGGCAAGGACAAAGGUGGAACAGUCGAUAUUCGCUGGAAUCUGCAGGACUUUAUGGACCAUCCAGAGAUCAUGAGCGAUCUCCGGCAAAACAAACAUUACCUGGAAAUGUCCCUCGCAACUCUUCACAGCACGGAAGAAGUGUUUGAGGAGUGGCUCGACAGGUCACAGACUGUACAGGCAUUCCUUGAAGAACGUGACUUACAGGGCUUGAGGGAGAAACAGCUGCCCGAUUUACACGGUAAACUGCCGAGAGAGCUCGACGCACUGCUUGAGAACAUAUUAAGCGUCCGCGCCACAUUGACAGUCGCCCGAAGCUAUGGCUUGAAGGCCAAGGUUAUGCUGAAUGCUGCACGAGUAGUUGAAUCUGGACCCGCCGAGGACGUUCCAGACUGGGGGCAAGAACCGGUCGAUCCGCGGGCUCCCCCGGAGAUUCGGCUUCUCCAGCAUAUUUGCAAGAUGUGCUACGAGGUUCAGGUGAGAGCGCCGCCACUGGAGGACAAAUUCAUGAAGUUGCUGGAGCUGUAUUAUCAGCUUGAAUUCAUGUAUGUCUGCGCGGAUAAAGUUGGCGGCGCUCGGGAAAAAGUCCUGAAACUCGAAGAUGUACCCGAGCCUCCGCCAUCCAUUGCUGAGAUGGCAACCUUGCUCCGCGGAGAAGCAGAAACGCCAGAGCGUGGGCGCCCAGAAGGAUCAGAAACGCCGGAAAGCGACGACAGAACGACAGCAGAGGUGGCGGAGCCCGCGACUUCCCCGCAGGUGUCCGAGAUUUCCCAAUAUCACACGAGAAUGAUGGAUCUGGCGAUUAGAACAAGCGCGGAUUUAGUGAAAUACCGGACUACUAUGGAAACCGUAAUAGAAAAGGGAGGAAAAGAACAGCCGCAAUGCAAGAUUGCUGUUAGAGUUGUACCAGCCGCAGGUGCACAGACGUGGGCUGUUUUGGAUGUGCUGUUGUACCUCCAAAAAAUGUGCGGGUUCGAGGGUUUGCGUCCCGGGACGGAGACCUCGGGCAGAGCGUACGACGCCUUCGCCAAAAUGAUUUCUACUGUCCAGCAGUCUGCAAAGAGUUUGAGACGCAGCUACGGCGUGUACGCUGCUCUGAACGCGGUUGUUCAGGCUGAGGAGACAGAAAUGAAAUAUGUCACUGAGGAAGAAGGGCAGGCGGACAAGGCAUCAAGGAAAAGUCACAGAUCUCGGAAGUGACAACCGUGGAACGAGGGGGAAUAGGAAGAGGGCGGGGGUGCAGAAGGCACCGCACGAUCAUCUGGGAGCCGCGGAUGAACGGGGCUGUGCUCCGUUCCACCGAGACAACAGUCGAAGAACUACUCGGAACAACGUCAAACGUAAAACGAUGGAGCAUGCGCGGAGCCCAAGGAGAGGAAACAAAAGGUGAAGGACAAGCCAGGCAAAACGCUCCCGAACUCAGGGAGUUUCAACGGUCAAGUCUCUCUACGGCGCGGCAACUUAAGCUCCAGAAGUAGAAGCGUUUCUUUGUAAACUUCUUGUGCUCGACCCGCCUGUACAUCUUCGGUCUCGGUGAAAGCGGACGUGGCCGUGUUCCCUCGUGUGGUCCCCCCCGUGAAAGUUAUCCAAGGAAGGCG